AUGUAUGCAAGUGCGGCAAUGAACAUCGACUCUUUCGAGCAACUAACGACCCGAAUCAGACGUUUACGAAUGAGAACAUGUGGCUCAACACCAGCUUUGACUAUUUUCGUCGCUUACACUCCAGCAGCAGGCUACGAUGAAGACGAAGUUGACACGUUCUACAUAGACGUAAAGAAGUUUUACAGAGAAGAUUAUACGUUCCGCAAGAUCACUGUUGGUUAUUGGUGA